UCCUAAUCCUCUGGUCUGUCCCAUCACUUUCUGCUAAACUGACAGGGUUUGCAUUUGAAAUUUUUUGUUCCUGGAAUUAUUCUUCCAUUUAUUUUUAAGAAAACUUCUUAGUAGCAAAAAGAAAUGGGCAUGCUGCUUUCAAAGAGAAGUAGUUAACAUCCACAAUUAACUCUGGAACCUAUGGUGCAACUGCAGAUUCUAGCAGGAAACCCAUAAAUAGGAUAUUGUAAUCACUACUAACAUCUGGAAAAGUGAUUCGGAGAUCCAGACAAAGUGCCUUCUGAGGAUUAUGCUAAUACAGCCAGCUGGGAUUUGAAGGAUACAAAGGCAGUCCCAAACUGUGGUGAAAAUGGAUGGCCAUUACCCAAACAACAUGCAAGGCAAUGAAGGAGAAAGCCAGCAAACCUACAGAGAGGAAGGUGAGGAUAGCUACCCCUACCAAUCUGACUAUCCUGGACAGGAGGAGGAUGCAGCCAGUGAUGUCACUGAAGGGCAGGAUGAAGAUGAUCAGAUGUAUGAAGGGGAAUAUCAGGGCAUUCCUCACCCAGAUGAAAUCAAGCAGGCACGCCGAGCAGCUCGUCAGGAGGCCAGGUUGAAGGCCAAGUUGGCCUCCUUGGAAUCUGAAGAGACACUGGCUGAGCAGUAUGAAAGCAUGAUGGAGGACUGUGGCCAUGGACGCUUCCAGUGGACCCUCUUCACAGUGCUGGGCCUGGCACUCAUGGCUGAUGGUGUGGAGUGCUUUGUAGUGGCCUUUGCUUUGCCCAGUGCAGAGAAGGACAUGUGCCUCUCCGAUGCCAACAAGGGUAUGCUGGGUCUGAUCGUGUACGUGGGGAUGAUGCUGGGAGCUGUAGUGUGGGGUGGUCUAGCUGAUAAACUGGGACGUCGUCAUUGUCUCCUCAAUGCUCUAGCCAUCAAUUGCAUCUUCUCCUUCCUCUCCUCCUUCGCCCAGGGCUACGGCAUCUUCCUCCUCUGCAGACUCUGCUCAGGAAUUGGUAUAGGAGGCUCCAUCCCCAUAGUGUACACAUACUUCGCUGAGUUCCUGCAUAUGGAUAAACGGGGCGAGCAUCUAAGCUGGCUGUGUCUGUUCUGGAUGCUGGGAGGCCUGUAUGCUUCCUUUAGUGCCUGGGGAAUCAUCCCUCAUUAUGGUUGGGGUUUCAGUAUGGGCUCUGAGUUCCAGUUCCACAGCUGGAGAGUGUUUGUAUUGGUGUGUUUCCUGCCCGCGGUGGCUGCUCUCGCUGGACUCGUGUUUAUGCCUGAGAGCCCACGCUACCUCCUCGAGAAUGCAAGGCAUGAUGAGGCUUGGAUGAUCCUGCGACGUGUUCAUGACACCAACUGGAGAGCGAAAGGUGAACCAGAGAGAGUGUUUCAGGUUUCCCAGUUUAAGGCUUCUGAAACUCAGGAAGAUGAUUUCAUUGAGAUCCAGAGCGAGACUGGAACUGCUUUUCAGAGAUUCAUGGUCAGACAAAUGACGCUGGUCAAGCAGGUGAUGAAGAACUUGAUGUCACUUGCAGGCCCUAAACUGAGACUCCAUGGACUGUUCAUUGCCAUUGUCUGGUUUACAAUGGCUUUUGGCUAUUACGGCCUUUCAGUGUGGUUUCCUGACCAGAUAAAACACCUGCAGUAUGAAGAGUACGAGUCGAACACCAAGAUAUUUCACAAGGACAAGAUUGAAUACUUUCACUUCAACUUUUCUCUGAAAAAUCAGAUUCACCAGGAGACCCAUUAUAAUCAGGACUGGUUUAUUGGCAUAGAGAUGACAAAUGUGAGGUUUAAAGAUGCUCACUUUGAAGACUGCUACUUCGAGGACAUCAAGUCAACAGACACCAUGUUUGAGAACUGCACCCUCGUAAACUGUGUCUUCUACAACACGGAUUUAUGGAAAGACACCAAGUUCAUCGACUGUAACUUCAUCAAUGUCACAUUUUCUCAUCCCAAAAGCGGCUGCCAUCUUAACUUCCAGGAGGAAAACGACAUCUUGAUUUAUUUAGUCAGUUUUCUAGGCAGCUUGUCUGUGCUACCAGGCAACAUCAUCGCAGGCUUCCUGAUGGAUAAAAUAGGCCGGAUUAAAAUAAUAGGUAGCGCCAUGCUGGUGUCCUCUGGCUGUACUUUCUUCCUCUUCCUCUGCUUCAGUCCCGGUGCUGUAAUCACUUUCCAGUGUCUGUUCUGUGCAGCAUCAGCAGCCGCCUGGAACGGAAUUGAAGUUAUAACAGUGGAGCUUUAUCCAGCCUCUAAAAGAGCGACUGCUUUUGGCGUGCUGAACAGCCUGAGCAAGUUGGCGGCCAUCAUUAGCACCUUCGUCUUCUCCAAGUUUGUUGGAAUCACUAAGAUAAUCCCCAUCAUCCUGUCCUUCUCAGCCAUGGCGUGUGGAGGUCUGCUCGCGUUCAAGCUUCCUGAGACACGUGAAGUCAUUUUGCAGUAAACAACUCGGUUAACAAGCAAAAAGUCAAACACUGGCUUCAUAGCAGAGCUUGGUCCAGCUGGAAACUGGACUUUCUUACACUGAGACUCCUGGAAAAGUGAUUUAAGUAUUUAGGUACAUGUUAAAACUAUAUUUACCUCAAUUACAUUUACACUCUAUGCCCAAAAUAUUUGUGGAAACUUGAACAUAACGGCACUAUGUGUUUUAUAUCUACAUAGUUGGAAGUACACAUUUAAAUAGCACGUCUUGUUAUGCUGUAGUGUUACAAUUUCCCUUUACUGUUAUGAACAGGCUUAAACCUGUUCCAGCAUGACAGUGCAUCUGUGCACAAAGUAAAACCUCCUCACUAAUGCUCUUGUGGCUGAACGGAUAUAAAUCCACACGGCCACGCUCCGUAAUCUAGUGCAAAACAUUCCCAGAAGAGUGGAGUAUAUUAUAACAGCAAUGAGGGAAUAAAAAUAAGCACAUACUGUAUGGCUAUGAUGGUCAGGAUUCCACGUCAAUUCUUUGACAGAUAGUUAAUCCUUAGAGAUUUAUAAAAAUCCAAUCCAAACACAAAGCUGAGCAGUUAAAGGUCCUCAUUUUUAAAGGCACAACCUUGCCUCUGCCUGGGAAAUCAACUCAUAAUCUUCAGGCAGUAGCACAGAUCUAUAUCAUUCCAGCUAUCACUGCAGUGGUUUACAAUUAAAAAAUAAUCUAAACAGGCAAACAGUGUAACAAAUUCAUUUACAUAAGAGCAAGUCUGCAACUGAGCAGCACAAGGAGUUCAUUAUUUACAUUAUUUACAAAUUUAGUUUUCUAUGACAUUUAAAAGUAGAAAAUAAUUACUACAUUUAUAACAACUAGUUACUAAAAUAAUUACAACAACUAAUUACUACUACUAAUAUGGGUCAGGUUACUACCAGGUACAGAUUAAGUGCUUAGUAUUAAAGUAUUACUGCACUUUCUGGAAACGCAUCCAAGAUCGUCCCUUCGACAACCAUCUCCUGACUGUUCCUUCCUCUUUUUACUAAAAACCGAACAGUGUGUAUUCUCCUUUCCUUUUGUUUCUUUAUUUCUUCAAUCCAGAUAAUAACAUUACAAUAUUACAGGAAAUAAUUCAUCUCUGUUCUGUGGGUGUUUUGUUUUUAUUAGAGUACAUCUGUAUUUUUGCUGUAGUUUACAUAAUUCUAUGUGUUGUGAUUUCCUUUUUAUUGCGUAUCAAUUUCUUCUUAUUUGAAUAUAAAAAGUUGGCUUAUAAAAGCGGUAAUUUUGUUCUGGGUGUACAAUUGAUGAACUUAGCAUUUUUUUCUUUCUCUGAACAUUUAAAAUCAAUAAUAGGGUUUAUUUUCCACCAGUAUGGAGGACUGGACUGGUUGUUGUGCCAAGUGUUAAAGUGUAAAAGUGACUGCGUCAUAGCAUUAGUACAUGGCAACAAGACACAAAGGUUUAUGCAUGAAAAUCCUGCUACAGUACAUAAUGCUUUUACAUUCAUGUAUAUAGUCAUUUCUUUACAAUUUUGUAGAAUAAAAAUAGAAUGACAUGCUUUAUUUUACUGAACUUACACAAUAUCCAGUACUACACACUACAUAUCUUCCAAACAUCCUUGUUCAUGCCUUUAUAUUACAAGCAUUUUAUUACCACUUAAUUGCUCCUAAUGUGUGACAUCAUGUAAAAUACUCUGGGCACCAGUAUAUCAUUAUCAUUUCUUAUAUCAUUAUUCACAUACAGUUAUUCUUUCUUUAUGUUUAUUCAUGCCGGCUGACUUGAUUUUAUGGUUUAUAAUAAACAUGUGAAGGAUGUAUAAGAUGUAUUGCAACAGAUCUGGACUAAAUAUAUAUAGGUGUCAUGAGAAAAGUUGUCGUUAUUGCACUAUACUAUGUGCAUAGAUAGAUAGAACCGUUUAUUGGGUGUGAAUGCAGGGAAAUAUGAAGA